AUGUCAUCAAUGGACGACUGGUCAUCAUACUCCCCUCGCGUGCGGCUGCCCCCGAAGCCCAGCCCAGCUUUCGCCGACCCGUUUUUGCUCGACCAGCUCGACCACAACUUGGUCUCCCAGGAGAACAUUUCGGGAAACGGCACGCAUUUGGGCGGCCAUAUCUCGACCCUCGGCACUGGCACGCUCGAUGCCGACUUCAACUUGGACGCCAUGGAAUUUGUCGUGGACGACUUGGCUCCGACGUCCAAGGCGUUCCCGCCCCUGAACUUCCCGCAAAACACUCCUGCGCUCGGACCGCGUGCGCCGUCUUUCCAGUCGCCCAUUUUGCCGGGCCAAAACGAGAAGCUGUACAACAAGGAACACUUGUACCACACACAGCGACGCCGCGACAAGCAUGCACAAAAUACGCCUUUGCAGCUGCCAGCUAUGACGCCGGGCGAUCUGCAGGUGGGCGCUGCUCGGCCCCAAUUUGUGGCCCCUGCGGCCUUUGAACCCUUGACUCUGCCGGCGCUUGAUGCUGCCGACCGCCGGCGCCUGCUGCUGGCCACCUUCGGCCACGACGAGCCGGCAGGCACCAAGAGACGUACUCCACACCUGACACCAAUCCUCCCGCCCAAACCACGGCGUUCGCCGUCUUUGCGCAAAGUUCCGCAGUUUGAACAAUUGCCUGAGCCAGGCCAGAGUGCGCCCGGAAGUGCGCCAGACAGCUCAACGGCACAGGGCGACGGCGACUCAAUGUUGCCGCCACGCAAUGUACCAAGGCAGCAGCUGGUUGGUGAAGACGCCCCUACACUCAUGGGUUUCACUAUGAACAGAUUGGCAGAACUGCAGAGUGCGUCAUCACCCAGCCCUUCGCCUGCGCUUGGGCCUCGGAAACUGGACGCCGGUUCGCGUGGCGAGUCCUCGCUGGCAGAAACUUCACCGGUGCUUAUGGCGGACGGUACGCGGCGCGAGAAGCCCGCAACCAAGAAGGCUACACAUAAAUUGGCUGAGCAAGGCCGGCGCAAUCGGAUGAACCAGGCGGUUCACGAGCUCUCCAAGUUAAUCCCUCCCGCGUACCACGGCCUGGUGCUGAUUCCGUCAAAAGCAACCACAGUAGAGUUGGCUUCUGUUUACAUUCGAGAUUUACUCCGCGAAAUGGAGGAGUUGUCGAAACAAGUGGAGAAAAAGAAAUAG